AUGGGUCGUGUUCGUACUAAGCGAGGAAGCUACUGUGAUAUAGGUAAUAUUGAACACUCCGUUACAACUAACUGUUAUUACAAUCUGGAAAUAAACGCCCACGCUAUGAUCAUAUAUGUGGUGAGUGGCCGUGAUGAUAAUAUCCCAUUCGAAAUAUCUUGUUUGCAAAGCCAAGCAUGCGAAAGCUUUUUUAGACAAGCGCGAUCAUUCACCUCAACUGAAUCUACAGUAGUAAAUUUUACAAUGCAAUCAUUUGAGUCAAGAUUGAAUAAAAUCGAAGCAAAAGAAGAAAUUAUGUACAAGCGGAAAGAAGAAUUGAUUUUCCCACGUCUUUCAAAUACAUCAAGCCAAGUUGAAACAUAUUUUCCAACAGAUGACGAAAUAGUAUCUAUUAUUGAGAGCAGUAGGUAUGCUGCAUACCAGAAACUUUUAAAUCUAGGAAUACGUGAAUCUAAGAUCAUUUUCAACGAGAGCAUACAUUUGCGGAAACCUAAAGAAAAGCCACAUUCAAGCUGUGGACAUUUUGAGUUUGUUCGUGUGCCGACGAUGGAAAAUGACGAACAUGAAGAGACUGUCUACAACAGAUACGAAAUAUGCCCGGAGGCUGGAACGGAAUUUAUUGUGAAAGACUCGUGUAAUGUGAAGCCGAACAAUAUUUUUAAAAUUCGAAACCGCAACGGGAAGGUUGUACAUUUAAAAAAAUCUACAUUUGUAUGGAUGAUUUCGAAUCAAACCGAACGUUGCUCGACAGACAGAAUUUAUCGUUUUCAAUCAUCACAAGAGAAAGCAAGUUUGUCGAUACAAAGAAUUGGAAAUGAUGUUCUGAAUAAUAUAGUUAUAGGAGAAUGGAUUUUAGUGAGAGAAGAUAGUUUCAAAGUUUGUAAAGUAUAUGGUUUCAAAUACAUGACAGGGAAGAAUAAGAACUACUCUCUGGAUAGUGCGCCAAUUAAUGUACCAACGGGUGCAAAAAGACGUGGUAUCAUUAUUCUUGGUUCAUAUUUUGACAUUUUUUAUUUUGAUACCGAAUUUUUAUUGGAGAUUUCGGAUCAAAGUAGCAAAAUUCAGAUAGACAUCGAUAGGUAUAUAACACAUUUAGAAAAGCCAUCCAUUUUUAAUAGCUUAUUAGUUUAUGAUUGCAAUUCAGCAAAGUACAUUAAUAAAUUUGUUAGUAAUAAGAAAUAG